ACAAACUCAUACUCCUCAGUGAUGGGAAGGUUGCUUAUCAUGGAGUACCUCAGAAAGCUUACAGUUUUUUUGUUGAGGCUCUCAUGAAUAAGUACCUCAAUCGUGGUCUGCUGAUGCCUCAAUUAGAGGAACAUAAUCCAGCAGAUAUUAUUAUGGACAUGCUUGGAAAACCAUGGAUGAGAGAAGUUAUCCUAGAGCACUAUCAGACCUCAUCUGAGCCUGAGCUGAUAAAGUGGGCCAUCAAAAGAGCUCGUGUCUUUGAUUUUGAAAGCGUAUCAAUUGCGACACUAUCCAGAGACGACAGUAACGACCUACCAAUGAUGAGACACUCGUCAAACCCAGCACAUAUUAAUACAAAGAAGGCCAAGAAGAUAAGGCCUCAGGCCAGUUGGUUUGCUAGACUUGCUGUCCUUGAAGCAAGAGCCAGCAAGAGGGCCAGUCUAAUCUGGAUGUUCUAUCUACCUGUCAUAUUCUUUGUAUAUGGAUUUGUUCUUGGUACUACCUAUUUGCAACAAGAUUCUGCUCUGUUUGUAUUGUCUGGUUUUUGUGUUUACUCUGUAGCCAGUGCACUCUUCAUGUUUCCAGUCCUGCAAAAUUACUACAUCAAAGCAUUAGAGGUGUAUAGAUAUGAGAAGGCUGAUGGUGCAGGGAGGGCACAGGAUCUUGUGUUUCAAGGUUUCUUUCGGUUCUCAACAAUGGCGAUCAUACCAGUAGUAUUCUCUGCUGGAGUCUUAUACCUACUGACUGUGAAAAUGGAAUUUUGGGAUGGUAUGGUAUUUCUGGAUUUUGCUAUCAUUAACAUGGCACUCAACCAGACGUGGAUUGCUUUAUUGACAUUCGUCUUAUGUGCGUUCCCCAAUUAUUCUGCACGUCUCUCACCAAUGAUAUCCAGUGUUGCUGGCUUUAGCAGUGGGUUCUUUGUGCCUAGGGAUGAAACGGAGUGGUAUUAUCGCUGGAUAUUUUAUGUCAAUCCAAACUACUAUGGUUUUUCUGGUAUUGCAAAGCGUCUCUUGUCUGAUUUUAAUAACGAUUGUGACAACCUUGAUGCUAAUUGCUACAUAAAUUCCGGCAACUUUAUCCUUCAUCGCUACGGGUUCUCUGACGUAAAGCCGUUUGUACAAGUUGCUGUAAGUAUAAUUAGUAUAAUUAUUUGAUAAAGGGAAGAGAAGUCAAAAAAA